AUGGUAACCGAUCAAUUUGGUAUGAUCUAUGGUGUUGCAUUGAUUAGUGGUGGUUUACUCGGAUAUUUCCGUAGUAAUAGCUUGAUCUCACUUUUAUUUGGUAUUAUUUUGGGUCUCUGGUCUAUUUACAACGCAAUGCAUCCUACUCGUCAGAAUAAUGUUGCUAAUUUAGCUAUUGCAGCAUUUCUUGGCCUUAUAAUGUUAUUUCGUUUCAUGAUCAGUGGUAAAGUAUUUCCAGCACUUGUUGUUGUUGCCUUAUCAGCUGUGCAAGUCUAUCGAAAAUAUCCAUAUUUGAAAUAA